AUGAAAGAACACUUAACCGAAAAGCGUAAAUUGAAAUGUGAUGAAAAUAUUGUUUUAGCAGCAAUGUGUGGUGCUAUUAUUCAACACAAGUUACCACUUAAACUAACUGAUUCAUGUAGAUUUACUAUUCAUUAUUCUAUUGGUCCACUAAAGAUUGGUCAUGCACUCUGUGAUUUAGGAGCAAAUACCAAAUUGAUGUCUCUAUCAAUGAUGAGGAGACUGAGCUAUGGAGAACCAAAGUCAAUUCAUAUGACUUUUACUUUAGCUUAUCGAUUUAUCACUUAUCCAUAUGAAGUUCUCAAAGAUGUGUUUAUGAGAGUAGAUGAUUCAUUGUUCUUAGUUGAUUUUGUGAUCCUAGAUAUGACAGAAGAUUAUGAAACACCAUUACUAUUUAAAAGACUUUUCUUAACAACAGGUAGAGUUUUGAUUGAUGUUGAGAUGGGAGAAAUAAUUUUAAGAUUCAACAAAGAACAAGUUAUUUUUAACGUUUUUAAGCCAUGA